GGGGUGAGGGUAUGGAGGAGUUGUGGGGGUGUUGCUGCUACUUGGGGCGUGCAUUUCCUCUGGAAGACUGAUCCACUGAUGAAUCAGUAUCACAGAAAGAAUCUUGAGCUGUUUGUUAGUGCAUGAUCGUGAUCACGCCACGUGUGGAACCAACAAACUGGAAAAGUAAGGGAUGGCAUGGGAGUCACGUAAAAAAGUGGUACUCCUUCGCUCCCAGGAAAGCUCAAGUGGACAGGAUCGGUACACAGAUAUGAUACAGGCUGCUGGUUAUCAUGUGCAUAAUGUGCCAACACUGGCAUUCCAAUACCAGAAUUUGGAUGUAUUGAAGAAAUGCCUUGAUUCUCCAACAUCAUUUGCAGGCAUUGUGUUCACCAGCCCUCGUGCAGUUCUUGCUGCUAGUGAGGCAAAUCAUGGACAGAAACUGGAUGGAGCAUGGUUUGAGAAGCCUUGUUUUGUUGUAGGAGAAAGAACUCAAAGUUUGGCAAUGGAAAGUCUGGGCUUGUGUGGUAUUGGUGCGGAGUCAGGUAACGCUGAAAAGCUUGCUGAUGUGAUCAUUUCACAAAUGGCAGGAGAAUGUCAACCACUUCUUUUCCCAUGUGGCAGCCUGAAGAAAGAAACUCUCCCCAACAAGCUGGAGAGUGCUGGCAUUCCUUUACAAUGCAGCACAAUUUAUGUAACAUCUGAGCAUCCUGAUAUGGCAUCAGAACUCAAGAAGUCUCUUGAAAUGCAACCAGAUUUCAUGGUAUAUUUUAGCCCUUCAGGUGUACUAUUUAGCCAAGAUGCAAUAGCACAGUCUGAAGGCCUUGAAGAAGUUAAGCAUGUGUCUAUUGGACCAGCAACCAAGGCUGCUCUGGAGAAAAGUGGAUUGAGUGUUUUUGCAUCUGCACCAAAACCAUGUCCUGAGUCUGUGGUUGAGAUUCUUCAAAGCUGAGGUACUCUGCAUGGUAAAGUGGGAUUUUAUCUUGCCAUGUUAUUUGUCAUACAAAUGUGGUGUUUGUUUUGCUUUCUCAGCUAUGGUCAUUACUACCCAUUUUAUAUGCUGAGAAGUCAGCUCUGGAAUUUAUUUAGUUACAUGUUCUUAUAUUAUGUCAUUUUUCUAGGGUGAUUUUCUCUCAUUCUGGUUUUUCUAUGGUGUGAGCUAGACAUCUGGAAGAGUGUUUUGGUGGAAUCCUGUGCCUGGUAGUGAGCAUUUUGUUUGUGAUUGAAUAAUAAAAUGUAUAAAUGACAUCUGGCACUUUAAAAAGCACAGAUUUCAGUGAUGGAUGUUCCCUAUUAAUGUAAUCACAAACAUCUGAAAUGAAAAUUAUGCUUAGCAAUCCAGGUGUCUAGAUGGUCAUGUGA